AUGUGUUGGUCCGAAGUAAACCCUUUGUAUUUGCAAUCCAACCACAAUUCAAGGAAAAAGUUUGCGAAUACUGUCUUUCCUUUCAUGAUGAGUGGAAAGGAAUCGAACUGUGUACUAAGUGUAGAAUGGUUGGGUACUGUAGUGAAACCUGCAGAGUACAACAUCUUGACCAACACAGAGUUGAGUGUGAACUCUGUGUAUUGAGAGGAAGAGGAACAUGGCCUCAUAGGGCUUGGUUUGUAUCAAGAGCUGUUCUGAAAGUGCAGAGUGAAGGAUAUCUUGAAAAAGAGAAGAUUAACAAUAAGAGAUCUAGAACCUUCCAUGAUCUGAUGGAUCAUUAUGAUGACAUCACAAAUGACCCUAGUUUAGGCGAAUGCUGGUAUAAGGAAGUUUCGACUCUUCUUGGAUCAUUAAUGCCGGAGAAAGAGGAGUAUUUGAGAAUCUACGGUCGGUUAGCGGUCAACUCAUUUUCUCUCCGGGUAGAUAAUAAUGGAGAAGAGGAGAGUGUUGGAACAGUGUUAUACAGAGCAGCUUCAAUCUUCGAUCAUUCUUGUUCUCCGACUGCAACAACAGUGUUUAACCCAGGAGGAGUUUUAGAGAUAAAAUCCAUGGUUUCCUCCCCUAGAAUGAAUCUGAAUAGUUUUUUUAUAACAUAUUUGGAUGAUGCAGAUCCACGGCUCAAUAGACUGGCAAAGUUAUCUCGUACCUGGUACUUUCCCUGUGGAUGCUCAAAAUGUCUUGAUCAAAAUUCAGAGGGUGAAAAGCACGCUGCACUUUGCCAGGAAGAAACCUGCAAGGGUGAAGUGCAUGUAAAUAUUGAGAACUGGAGUUGGCAACCCUGUUCCACCUGCUCAGUUAACCUCAGUUCUGGUGGGAAGGAGAAGUAUAAAGAAGUUUAUCAGCUUGUCAGAGAAGUUAUUGAUGAAAAUGGAGGAGAAUGUAAUUUUACGGAUGUAGCAGAAUUCUUGGUGCGACAAAUGGAAAAAGUUUUUCAUUCUUCAGAUUUAGAAAUUAUGCAGGCUAGUAUUAGUGCAGCUCAAGGGAACUAUGUGGAUAAAAAUUGGAAGAAAUCUAUUUACUACCAGACCUUGGCAAUCAUUGGAAUACGACUUUAA